AUGGCUAGAGGGACUGCAUACUGUGUUUUUCAGAGCCAGUCUUGCUUCUUUCUAAUGCUGGCAUUAUUUACUAACUGGCAUCAUUUACUAACUUCUGUUGAGUCUGCAGAGUGUCCUCAGCUAUGUGUUUGUGAAAUUCGCCCUUGGUUCACACCCCAGUCCACCUACAGAGAAGCCAUAACCGUGGACUGCAAUGACCUUCGCCUUACACGGAUCCCUGGCAACCUGUCAAGUGACACACAGGUUUUACUUCUGCAGAGUAAUUACAUAGCCAGAACCAGUGAGGACCUGGAGCUACUGCUGAAUCUCACUGAACUGGAUUUGUCCCAGAAUAACUUCACAAACAUUCGAGACAUUGGCCUGACUAACAUGUCUCAGCUUACUACGCUUCAUCUAGAGGAGAAUCAAAUCAUCGAAAUGCCUGAUUUCAGCCUGCAAGACCUGACUAACCUUCAAGAGCUUUAUAUUAAUCAUAAUCAGAUUAGCUCAAUUGCACCUAAUGCAUUUGCUGGUUUGCGCAAUCUGCUCAGGCUCCACCUGAACUCCAACAAGAUCAGGGCUAUCGACAGUCGCUGGUUUGAAUCAACCCCCAAUCUUGAAAUCCUUAUGAUUGGAGAAAAUCCUGUGGUUGGCAUCUUGGAUUUGAACUUCAAACCUCUUGUUAAUUUAAGAAGUUUGGUUCUGGCCGGAAUGGAACUCACAGAUAUACCAGGCAAUGCUUUUGUUGGACUGGAUAACCUUGAAAGCCUAUCCUUCUAUGAUAAUAAACUUGUCAGGGUCCCUCAAAAUGCUCUACAAAAACUACCAAACCUAAAAUUUCUGGAUUUGAACAAGAACCCUGUUCACAAAAUCCAGGAAGGUGAUUUUAAAAAUAUCUUGCGGCUUAAGGAACUUGGUAUUAAUAAUAUGGGAGAGCUUGUCUCCAUUGAUCGAUUUGCCCUGGAUAAUCUUCCAGAACUGACCAAACUUGAGGCCACCAACAACCCCAAGCUUUCAUACAUCAGUCGAUUUGCAUUUCGAGAAGUCUCAUCUCUUGAGAGUCUUAUGCUUAACAACAAUGCUUUAAACUCUCUCUACCUUGCAACGGUGGAGUCCCUGCCCAACCUUCGGGAGAUUAGCAUCCACAGCAAUCCUCUGCGCUGUGACUGUGUAAUCCAAUGGAUGAACUCCAACAAGACGACUAUUCGAUUUAUGGAGCCUCUUUCAAUGUACUGUGCAAUGCCACCUGAAGUUAGAGGUCAGCGUCUGCGAGAGGUUCUUUCUUACAAAUCUGCUGACCAGUGUUUGCCAAUGAUAUCCCAUGACACCUUCCCCAACCACCUCAACCUGGACAUUGGGAUGUCAGUAGACCUCGACUGCCGAGCAAUGGCUGAGCCUGAACCAGAGAUAUAUUGGGUGACACCAUUAGGUAACAAGGUCAUGAUGGACACAGUGUCUGAUAAGUACCAUCUGAACAGUGCUGGAACCUUGCACAUUUCUAACAUUCAGGUGGACGAUUCUGGUCACUACACAUGUGUUGCUCAGAAUACUGAGGGGGCUGACACUCGGGUGACUGCAAUCCGGGUCAAUGGCACCCUCCUGGACAGCACCCAACUUAUCAAAAUAUAUGUCAAGCAAACCGAGUCCCAUUCUAUACUGGUGUCCUGGAAGAUCAACUCCAAUGUAAUGACCUCCAACCUUAAGUGGUCAUCUGCCACCAUGAAGAUUGACAAUCCUCAUAUAACCUACACAGCCAGAGUCCCUGUAGAUGUCCAUGAGUAUAACCUCACACACCUUCAACCAGCUACUGAAUACGAAGUCUGUCUUUCAGUUUCCAAUAUCCACCAGCAGACCCAAAAUUCCUGCGUAAAUGUCACAACCAAGCAUGCCACAUUUUCUGUAGAGAUUUCCGACCAAGGCACCAACACAGCGCUCGCUGCUGUCAUGGGUACAAUCCUGGCAAUUAUCAGCCUUGGGUUCAUCACAAUUUACAUUGCCAAGAGAUGGAAGAGGAAGAACUACCACCACUCGCUCAAAAAGUACAUGCAGAAGACCUCAUCCAUUCCUCUUAAUGAGUUAUACCCUCCUCUUAUCAAUCUGUGGGAUGUAGACACUGAGAAGGAUAAGGAUGGCCUGGAGUCGAAAUCCAGCCAGGUUGACACAACAAGAAGCUACUACAUGUGGUAAAAUCCAACAAACUCGCUUUGGAGCACAAAGACACGUUUUGCUUAUUUGUGCAAAAUUAAAUGUGGAGUUUUCUCUGCCUUGCUUACUGAAAGCAACUAUACGGACUUAAGUCUCCGAUAUUUUAGUAGAACAUACUACCUUUCCUUCUUUUAGCCUCAACUUUGCAGCUUUGUUUAGUUUCUAAAACUUUAGUCGCUGUGCAUUCUUAUCUUUAUAUUUUAACAGCACAGCUUAGGUAUUGUCAAUGAUAUUGCCAUUUUUGGGGUCAGUUGAUGCUGUAACAGUAAGGUUGAUCUGUGAUCAAGAUGGCUUUGGCAGUAUUCAUAGAGAAUGCUUUUUUUCUUCUCUUUUUGUAAACAGUUCAACUGUUGUGCACUCGAAUAUAUUAAGAAUUUUGUCUAUGAACUCUAAUGUAAGCUGACAAAAUGAAUUUAGACUCGACACACUGUCUAUUGAAUGAUGUAAGCAACUGUUCUGUAAUGUUGUAUCAAC